UUAUUUUAUUCUCUAUUUUAAGGCCAUUCCUCGUAAUUAAGCCCAACAUAACAUCACAUUUUGCAUAUUCCCCUCAGCUCAACACAUAUCUUGUCUCUCUCGUGAUGAUUUAUAAUGACAUCCUUUGAAAAUCAGUAAAACAUAUAUUAUCAUAUUCAUGUUGCAUGUUUGAGCAAUUAGUGACCAGAAUAAAAGAUGGAAUGUUUCUCAUGUCAAAAGGUUAGUAUUAAAAUAGAAAAAUUCCCUCCCAUAUGAACAUGCUCAUCUAAUAGAUGAUUUUCUAGAAAGGGAACAAAAGAAUUAUACAUCAAAUCAUCUAUGUUGAGCAUAUUAGCAGAAAGUGGUACAUAAUCGAUGAGCAAACAAAGACCAAGAUCAAUUCAUAAAAGCGGAACCAAAUAAAGCUUCAAGAAAAGUCUACUUAUGUGUAAAUUUUAGGGUAAAUUGCGGCUAAACUACCUAAUUUUUUGGGUUUGUUAUAAUUAAAUACCCAUUCUAUUUUUUUAAUGGCUAAACUACCCAAAUAUAAUGGAACAAUAUUCCGUCAAUACCCAGCUGUUAAACCCGUUAACUUGACUAUGGGGUUAUCUAAUAUGCAUACACGUGGGUAGGAUGUCAAAACUUAUUCUAAUAUUUUUUUUAAAUAAAGUUAAUUAAACAGAAAAAGAAAUAAAAUAGAUAAUAGAGAGAGAAGUGGAGAAGUCGACAAAUGCUAAAACUUUACCCAGAUUUAGACUUCUCCCAAAAUUAAAUCCACAUUUUGACUUCUCAAGCAAGUUUUUGAAUCAACUAAUAUAGAUCCAAUUACAAGUGGUGAGGCUUCUGAGUAUGGUCAGUUUUAGGUGGAAGCAAUGAAGGUAGAAUGGGUUUUGGAGCUGCUGGUACUUCACAAGAUCAUCAUGAUGAUGGUGGUGGCCAGAGCCGAAGGAUUGAUUGUGAAAAUGGUCUCAUUUUGGGGGCCCAGAGAAAUGAUUAUGGGUCUGUUGUUGGCUUUAACUUGAUCCCUCCAUCUGACCCAGUGAAUAUUGGUGAGCGUGAAAGUGAUCUUGAAUAUAUGUAUGACCAAGUGAAUAUUGACCACAUACACCAGGACAAGAAUUUGCACAUGGAAAGAGGAUUGCAUUUGGAAACUGAAGAUGAAGUUACUCAUUAUUGGAUAAUGAGAAAUAGGAAAACUAUGAAUUUAUUAUUGAUGUUGUUGCAGUGUUUAUUUGGCUGAAAAUCAAAUUGUUAGGAAGGAAUUUUUUUGUAGACUUGAGAGAAUUGGUUGAAAACUUGUAGACUUCUUGUCUUUUUUUGUUUUUGUUUUUGUAAUCUUGGUGACAAUUAUGGUGUUUAAUCUUGUUUUUGUAAACUUGUAGAAAUGGUUAAUGAAUUUAAAAAUUCUCUAUGUUUUACAAAUCAACUUAAGCAGAGCCUGUUUCAAUAUUUAAUUGAAUGGUCAAUAUUUUGCUUCAACAAUAAUACUUAUAAUGUCAUGUUAAGUAUGUUUUUUGUUUGUUUGUUAAUGAAUGAUUAAGGUGUGUGGGUCAAAUAGAGUCCAAUACUUUAUAUAUAAAUAUAUAUAUAUAUGGACACCAC